AGAUUUAUGUGGACUCUACAUACUGCCAAUGAAGAACAUUGGGUCCCCAUCAAAAUUGUAUCCUCGUUUACGCGUAUGCGUGAUUUCGCAGCCCUUGGUGUAGUGUGGAUAGCUAAAGCUCUGCGCACCAGCACAGAGCUAGAAGUGGAUGAAGCUGGUGAGAAUGUUAGGCGCCGUACCGAAGUUCAGGAGCCAAAGGGGCAAUUUGAGCGUAGCGUUUAUGCGAAAGGUUUUGGGAAAGAAGAACCUGAACUCCAGAAGAAGCUCGAAGAUUUCUUCAACCAAUACGGUACUGCGAAUGCAGUCAGAAUGCGGCGCGUGGAUGGCAAAAAGGAGUUCAAGGGAUCUGUUUUUGUGGAAUAUGCUAGUAUGGAGUCUGC